GGGGGGGGGUCUAGGGGAGGUGGACAGUGAAUCCUGAUUUGUCUGAGCAUAUAGCAAUACAGUAAUGUUUGAUUGAUGUGUAAACCGUUAAGAAAAGAACCGUAAAGGCUGUAAAGAAAGUCAGAAUUUGUAAUUCAUGCUGAGAUGUGCCUGAAUACCACCUGUUCUUGUAGAGAAUCUGAUCUUUGUCGUAACCCAUCAAAGAUUUGAAGUUGAAUACUCCAUUUAUCAGAUUUAACAUAGACUGCUGCACAUUGUGUGGCUUAAAAACAAUAAAACAAUCACAUGCAUUUUUACCAUGCUAUUUAUAAUUAUAAUUUAUAAUUCACAAGAAAACUAAUAAAAAGAUCCAUGGCCUUGGCAUCAGUGUACUCUUUGUAAUCUACACAAACUUUCUUACAACUUUUUACACAGUAUGAGCUCUCAUUAUUGGGUAAACUUACCAAUCACAUGCUUAGUGUAUAUAGGCAUCUAAGAACAUUGUGAAGAUACUGAAAAGAACGUUAUUUAUAAACACAACAUACUUUGUGAACAGGUGCAAAUAAAUAGAAAUACAGUAAAAAGUAUUGUUUUUAAAAAAGUAAUUCAUAUCUCAUGAGCUAAUCUAAAGAAGAAAGUUUAUUUAGGUUCCAGUACCAGCUCACGUGAUUUAACGUCAUUAAGUACUGAUUUAAGUGUGGUCAAACCAGCUGUUGAUAUGGGGAGAAUUAUUUAUAAUACUAGAGUCUCACGAGUAGAGCUCUGGAGAUGUUUACUUUCAUAGAAAAAGUAGGGGUUUUACAUUACUGUAUUAAUUUAUUUUGUAUUUCGUCACUUUCCAAUGAAAAAUAUGUAUCUCCACAACAGCAACUUUACCAGAGAGACAUAAAACCUUCUUAACUUUCAAUGGAAGGCAAUGUAAAAAAGAGUUUUUCGGGUCAUUCGGGUCAAAUUUUGGGACACUAAGAGAGAGUUUGUCUGUUCAAACUAUGUAUAAAACAACAAAAAAAAGAACAAAAAUGGAGAUAAUUGUUUUUUAUUGCACCGUGACAAAUUUAUUUUAAUCCUUUUUUUUUUUUAAACACAGUACUUUGUAUGUACAUUCAAAUUUUGUAAAAUGGUUCUCAUGUUUCUGUUAAAAAUAUAGGUAUGGAAUUUAAGGUCAUGUGACCAAACUGAGCUGGUGUUUUUCACCUGGUUUACGUUAAAGCAGGCUGAAGUUGUGAAUGGCCCAUAGUGCAGUGCCGGCUGCGUGUGUUGCUGCGCCGUGCUUUAUGUCACUGGGCCUGAACUUUGUCACUCAGCUGUUUUGGGUGGGCGAGAUAAGGGGGCCCUGAUAUAAUGGCCCCGCUAUCCCAUGCGAGCACAGCCAUUGUACGAGCCCCGCUUGGAAGCGCUCCACCAUGGAGUGGCUUUUGAUCACCGUGGCAACCUGCCUGCUAGCCUCCUGCCCUGUUAAAGGUAAGUGCUGGAAGCUGCCAGAACUGAGUGGACUCAGAGCAGAGCAUGGCUCACUCAACACCAUGUAUGUAGCCUGUGAGUGAGUGACCGGCCUGGGGGGCGAUGGCUGGAUGGAGGUUGAGGAUGGACGAUGGUGUUCUCUGAAUCUGAACCCACUGUUUACCUCCUGUUGAUGUUGUUGAGGCCUGUGUGUGGGAUGAUGGCCUGGGUCGUGAUCUUUUGUGAUCAGGCCUUUUAUAACAGAGGGUUAUUGUUGGAAUGUUUCUAAGGUGUUUGGACAUGUUGAUGUUUGAUUAUUUAAAGGGGAUGACUGGAGAUGGGAAUAUGAAGAAGGUCUCAGCCAUUACAGUGAGGAAGCCCUCAGAAAGGAGUAUCCAGAGAAAGCCAGGCCUACAAGUUUUAAACACCCACUUUUCCGGUGUCCUGACAUGACUGCUUCUACUUCCAUACCCAACUCAAUUGAAAUGGUUAAGGCAGCAGAUAUCAAAGUGAUUGCUGCUCUUGGAGAUUCACUGACUACUGCUAUUGGGGCGAAUGCAACCACUGUCCUUGGAAUACCUAUUGAAUUUCGUCAUGUGUCAUGGAGCAUUGGCGGCUAUGGAACUUUCCAAGAUGUUAUAACACUUGCGAACAUCAUCAGACUCUUCAACCCCAGUGUUGUGGGUCCUGCCCCAACCAAAACUGUCCAUGGGACUCCGGCUCCGCUCAGUGAGACUGGCUUUAACCUCGCUGUGACAGGACACAACACCUUUAAUCUUCCUGGACAAACCAGACAUUUGAUUGACACUCUAAAAACAUACGAGGGCGUUAACUUUGACGAGGACUGGAAACUGCUGACCAUUCUCAUCGGCAUGAAUGACAUCUGCGAUUAUUGUAAGGACAAGUCCCUCUUUUCAGUGGAGAACUUCAUCCACUACAUGACCGUGUCCUUGGAGAUGCUGAUGAACGAGGUUCCUCGAAUGAUCGUGAAUGUGGUUCAGAUAUUGCCCAUGGAGACGCUACGUGAGGUGCAGAAACCCACUCCUGGGUGUCUGCUCCAAAGAUCUUUCUGCUCUUGCUUGGUGAAACCAGCUACAGGCUCUGCUGACCUUAAGGAGCUGAUUGAGAUCAACCUUCAAUUCCAGAAUGCUCUGGAGCAGCUUCUCUACAGCGACCGUUUCUUUAAGAGUGACUUUUCUGUCGUUCUUCAGCCUUUUCUGAAAUUUGCUGACCCUCCACGGCACCCUAAUGGAAAGAUUGAUAUGAGCUUCUUCACUCCAGACUGUUUCCACUUCACCAUGAAAGGACAUGAGGAGCUAGCAAAGGGUCUUUGGAACAACAUGUUCCAGCCUGAAGGGGAGAAGCUUAUGGUUGAGAGUUUUUCCACUCCUAUUCAGAUCAUGUGUCCUCCUGUGGACCACCCUUACAUCUACACUAAACCCCACGCUGCAUCAGGAGGUCCGCCUGUAUCAGGAGGUCCAAGAUUGGCCACAGUUCUCUCCACGAUGACUGCUUUGACUUUCCUUCUCUUCUGGUGGGCCAGGAGCAUGGCAUCUGUAUAGAAAUUGUACAUGUUUGGUGUGUUGCUUCACUGCUAUCCACAAACCACCAGCAAUGCUUGUAUUUUCUACCACUUUUCGACUAAACUCUCAAAGGUUUAAAGCCCAACAACAAUACUGAAUUAUAUUUAGGGCCUAGAAAAGGGAGAACAAGCUAAAAUGUGUCAUUGCAAGUAAGAAACGAUAAUGAGUAAAAUUGGCGGAAUUACAUGAAAGUAAAUGUCAGUGGACUGUUUCAUUCACUUAUCAGAUUGCAAUGGUAAAACAGCACUGCCAGCAUGAGAACAUCAUGUACACUAACCUGAUGACCCUUUCUGAUCCAUCCAUCAUCCAUCUAACCGGAUAUCCACCAUUUCAGAGCCUGAAUAGAGCAGCAGCAGGUGCAAGCCACAUUUAGCCCAGGCUAAUGCUGCUGUAAUUGAUUUAGCUAGGAAAGGUAAUUGUGUGAGCCAUCUCGGGCUUGUCUGGACAAAAACGGCCUGAGGUUAGCCUGAAAACACAUUAUGGGUGCAAGGUCAAAGGAGCAAACUGUUUGGAGAGAAGGGUAUUGUGCCUUUUCAGAUGGUUGUUAAGUGCAACCCGUUUGAGAGAGAUACCUAAUGCCUGUAGUAAUGAGAUAAUCGCUUUUGGACGUCGCAACCUGAGACAUGCUUUUAGUCUCUUCAAAUAAAGCUUUUGGAAAGAUGUGCACAUGCAUCUGUGCUUUUAUGCUGUUGUUAGGAGCCAGACUAUUCUUGAACUGGGAACAGGAGGCUGUGUUAAGUGUUAACAAUGAUGGUUUGUAUGUAGACAAGAGCUUUUGAGUGAAAUCAGGAUUGAUCAUAUGAGUUUAUAUAACUGGAAUCUUCACAGGUGCACAGAUUGUAUUCAUAGCAAGGCUGUUUAUGUCAGACAUGGUUUCCUAUUGCAAAUAUGUCCAUGCAGGUGUGUUCCAUAAUAAGCAGUAGGUUCAUUCAUCACCUUCACAGCCGGUGCUAGAGCAAACAGCAUUAUGGGCAUUUGAUACAAGGCAAACAUGAAGGCAGUGCUGACGCUAACCCGCUUUUAUUGUGUCCUUGAUUAGUAUCUGGUCAGGUUGUGAAAUAGGAAAUUUGAGACUGGACAAAUAUAUGAACAACUGCAUCUUUAUUAAAACAGUUUAAAAUCUGA